AUAAGCAAGCAGUGUCUAGAAGAAACACACGGUUAUUAAUAUCAUACCUUAAUCAUAUUCCAGAUAAUUAUAUUAAAGGAAAUAAUCAAAUCCAGAAGAAAUAAAUCAAAUUGGAUGGCGAGUUCAAAGUUGGUGAAAGCAAUUUUAGAUCCAAAGAAAAACUGGUUUGCUGCUUUACAUAAGAAAACCGUCUCCAAUCGGCUUCGUAAAUACGGAUUAAGAUAUGAUGAUUUGUACGAUCCAAUGGAAUCAUUGGAUAUAAAGGAAGCGUUGGAUAGGCUGCCUCGUGAGAUUGUUGAUGCUCGAAACCAACGUAUUUUGCGUGCCAUGGAUCUUUCCAUGAAACAUGAGUACCUUCCUGAAGAUCUUCAGGCACAACAGACUCCAUUUAGGAGUUAUCUGACUGAUAUGCUGAACCUGGUAGAGAGGGAAAAAGCAGAACGCGAAGCCCUUGGAGCAUUGCCUCUAAAGCAGCGUACCCUGCCAUAGUAUUCUCAGUUUUGCUCUGGUAGCAACCAUUUUGGUAACAAAUGGACGAAGACAUGAAAAGGCCAUUUGUUUUGGUUUGAACACUGUCAGCAACAAUAAUUUUAUGCUAUCCGGCUUUCUUUUAAUCAAUGUUCAUCAUUUUACUGUAUGUUGUUAAAGGUUCAUGUAUGGUAACUCGAUGUAAACAAAUACAUGUGUGAUGGCAUGUAAAACGUUAUGUUAUGUUUUAUGGUU